GCUGCUACUACACCAUUUCAAAGCCGGCUCUCUCUCUCUCUCUCUCUCUCUCUCUCUCUCUACAUUUCUUUCUCUUUCUAGAAUUGGAUACGAAAAUUGAUGUGGUCUGUCAACAACUGGAAUUUGGAAAAUCAUUGAUUGAUGAUGAUCAUAUCAUAGUUCUUUGAUUUUCGCAGACUAAAAAUGUGCUAUUAUUAACAAAAUCAACUUCAGAGAGGCUUUGUUGGGUUUCUAGGGGAUUCUGAAUCACUCUGUUGCAGAGUUUGCUUCUUCAGUUGCGAACUAAUGACAGACAAAUGAGAAUGCCAGAAAGUGAAGUUAAAUGGCUAUCUCAAAGGUAAGCAUUUAAUGAAUAGGGCUGGAAACUAUAAGUUUGCAAUGGACCAAAAAGAUAUUGUUAGAUUCUUGAUGACCUCCAUUGGAAGUUUCAUCCAAGAUCAGUUGAUUGAUAAAGAAAAGAGAACCCAACAAAAAGAACAAUGUGCAGAGAGAUUAGCAGCCGAAGAUGGAAGCUCUGACAAUGACACAGAAGUCCGGUACUCUGAUCAAGCAGUACUAGCAAAUUUGGAUUGGGGGAUUGACGCCCUCGAGGAAGCCAUCAACACAUCCAAUAUGGAAACUAAGCUUGCUCGAUUGGACUAUGCAGAGAAGAUGUUGCAAGUAUGUGCAAUGUUGAAUGCUAGCCACAAAACUGCUGGGGUCCCCAAUUUCUAUCUUUCCACUUGGGCCCAUCUCAACCUUUCGUAUCUGUGGAAAUUGCGAAACAAUGUUCACAACGCAGUCCUUCACAUCCUCGAGAUGUUCGCUGUUGAUCCUUUCUUCUCUCGGAUUGAUUUUGCUCCCGAGCUAUGGAAAACUCUAUUUCUUCCACACAUGAGUUCAAUUGUUGGGUGGUAUUCAGAGGAGAGACACAGGCUAGUGAUGGAUGUAAUUCCAGAUUCCACUGAUUUGUCAUUCACUGUGGAUUUUGAUCAAUACUUCAAUGAAUCUUUGAUCUUUUCUAUGAGGCCGGAUCAGGCAGAGAAGAUGCAGAAACUGGAGCAGCUUUACGCCCAAUCGUUGGAUGAGAAUACAAGGCUUUAUGCAAAAUACUUUAAGGACUGCAUGAACUUUGAUUCUACCACUAGCAAGAAGGCAAUUCCAAUGUUUCCAAUUGUAGAGGCACCUAUGACUCCUUUGCACGAGGUGAGCCGGUCAAUUCCUGAUUAUGUGAAAUUUGGUCCCAUCUUGCCCAAGAGUGCUGGGUUUUCACCAAUGCUCAAAUCUAGAGAAAAUGCAAGAGAAGCUUCAAGAUUGAACAUAACGUUCAACAAUUCUGAGAUCCUGGAAAAGUCUGCUAUAUGGGAUCCACAAGUAAGAUUCAGUAUAAAAUUGGUAGAUUUCCUUUGCUCUCUUCUUGGGUUUUGCCUUAUGCCCUUUAUAUGCUCAGUUAGAGUUCCAUUCAUUCUAAUCAUCAGGAGGCCUGAAGAAGAAGAAGAAAAAGAAGAAGAAGAUGAUCCUGACAUUGAGCCUGAUGCGCAUGAGUCUUAUGAAAAUAGAGCUCAUAAAGUGGUAUCUCUUAGCAGCUUCAAUUUUAGCAAGGAUGACAAAACUGACCCAAACUUGAAACCAAAAAAAGUGAAUGAAGAAACUGUGCUAAACAUGCAGGUAAAAAAAGUGAAUAGUCGAAUGCAUUCUCCUGCUAUUAUGUCUCCUAUGGAUUCCCCUAGAACUCCUUCCCCAAAGAUUUCAUCCCCGAAACUAGACAUGCAUUGUAAAAAGGAACGCACAUCUGUAUUGCGCCUUUUGUCCAACCGUGCAAUGGACUCUGCUACUUCAUCCUCUUUGCCUGCGUCACCACGUUUGUGUACUGAUUCCAGCGUAAGCUCAGCAGACUCAGAUGGUGAAGUAGCGGAAGUGCAGCAAAGCAGUAGGAAAAGCGUUCGUCAUACACCGAGUAGAAGUUAUGGACAUGUGACUAGCCAAGUACUAGAAAACAGUUCUCUCAAUGCAAGUGACGAACGAAGCCACAGUUGUGUUUCUCUCCCAUUGUCUGAGAAUUUGACUUCUCAAUCAAGACAACCAAAAGAUUUUGUCUGCCCCAUCACUGGCCAGUUUUUUUCUGACCCAGUUACCCUUGAAACAGGUCAGACAUACGAAAGGAAAGCAAUUCAAGAAUGGAUGAAAAGAGGAAACACGACAUGCCCCAUUACCCGCCAGCCUCUCUGUACAAAUACACUGCCGAAAACAAACUACGUUUUGAAAAGGUUAAUCACCUCCUGGAAAGAACAGCAUCCUGAUCUUGCUCUGGAAUUUUCCUUUACUGAAACACCAAGAAGUUCCUUCGGCACUCCCUCUUCGAAAGACUUCCAUUCAGAGUCAUCUCCAUGUAGGAUAGUCAAUCUUUCCAAUCAUAGGAACAGAAAUGAACAUAUUAAUAGGACCAGGAGAUUUAUGCGAGCUGCGGUGUCAACGUCACCAACCAGUGUGAUAUCUCAAGCUGCUUUUGAAACAAUAAUCAAUGGGUUAAAACCUUACAUUACGAGUCUUUGUAAUUCAGAUGACUUGAAAGAAUGUGAAGCAGCUGUGUCCACGAUUGCCAGGACAUGGAAGGACUCGAAUGCUGAUCCAGGGCUUCAUUCUUAUUUAUCUAAGCCGACAAUAAUAAAUGGGUUUGUGGAGAUACUGUCAGCUUCUCUGGACAGGGAAGUUCUUAGAUCAUCAGUUUACAUUCUCUCUGAACUGAUAUUUUCAGAUGAUAGUGUUAGUGAAAUUCUAACGAGUGUUGAUUCUGAUUUUGAUUGCUUAGCUGCUUUGCUAAGAAAUGGUUUAGCUGAGGCUGCUGUCCUUAUAUACCUGUUGAGGCCAACGUUCUCUCAGCUUUCAGCUCAUGAUCUCAUACCAUCUCUUGUCCAACUUAUUAUAACAACGCACGAUGAGCUAGAUGAUCUUCAUCUAGUAAUGGAGCCCAAGGGUGCUGCAAUAGCAAUGCUUGAGCAAUUGUUGAUGGGAGGAGAUGAGAACAGCCGAUCCCUUAAUGCUAUUAGGGUUAUAUCUGCAAAUGGGAUUCCAGUAUUGAUUAAGUGCCUGGAUCAGGUAGAAGGAAGACAGUCCAUUGUAUCCAUACUAUUAUGCUGUAUUCAUGCUGACAAGGGUUGCAAGAACUUGAUCGCAAGCAGAAUUGAAUUGUCUCCUAUUCUUGAAUUAUUUUAUGCCGGAAAUGAUAGCGUGAGAGGCAUAUGUAUAGAUUUUCUCUCCGAAUUAGUUCAGUUGAACAGGAGAACAUUCUGCAACCGGGUUUUGCAAAUAAUUAAGGAUGAAGGGGCAUUUAGUACCAUGCACACCUUGCUUGUCUAUCUACAGAUGGCUCCAAUGGAACAACAACCUACUGUUGCCACUCUUCUUCUUCAGCUUGAUCUCCUGGUUGAGCCUCGAAAGAUGAGCAUUUACAGAGAAGAAGCUAUAGAGGCACUAAUUGAAGCACUUCGCAAAACUGACUUUCCUAAUUCUCAAAUCAUGGCUCUUGAUGCCUUACUAUCUCUUUCCGGACGUCUGACUCCCUCAGGGAAGCCCUGCACUGAAGCCUGGUUACUCAAAAUUGCAGGGUUUGAUCAACAAUAUAAUGCUUUAAUGAAGACAGAGAUUUCUAAAACACAUAAAAAUGAACUGACAGAGACAAUGGAAGAAGAAGAGAAAGCUACAAGUUCUUGGGAGAAAAGGGUAGCUUUUGUGCUUUGUAACCAUGAAAAGGGCUCAAUUUUUAAAUCUUUGGAAGAAUGUCUCAAAAGUAAUUCCAUAGAGAUGGCAAAAUCAUGCCUUGUCGUCGCCACGUGGCUUACACACAUGCUUUACAGUCUUCCUGAUACUGGUAUAAGAGAUGUUGCUCGGAAGUUUUUGCUUGACCAGUUUAUAAAUGUGUUGCAAUCAUCAAAAAACCUUGAGGAGAAGAUAUUGUCAACUCUUGCUUUGAAAGCCUUCAUUACUGAUCCAGGUGCACUAAUUGAAUUGGGGGUGUAUGCCAAAUGCGUGUACAAAACAUUGAGAAAGCUUAAAAAAAAUUCCAAGAUGGUAAAUGAUAUACUGAAAGCGUUGAUGAACUUGCCUUCUGUCAAUGUGACAGAGCUGUGGUGUUGUGCUGAAGCUGCUGAGUUAGAUUCAUGCGCAAAUGGUGAGGUUCUGUCUCUGCUUCAUCUAAAGGGUCGUCUAAUCAGCAGCCAUUCUGAUGGAACUAUUAAGGUGUGGGAUGCUGGUAAGAGGGUUCCGCGGUUGAUUCAGGAAGUUCGUGAACACACCAAAGCUGUCACAUGCCUCUACGUUCCAUCUUCAUGUGACAAACUUUACAGUGGUUCCUUAGACAAAACAAUUAGGGUUUGGGCAAUCAAGCAAGAAGAAAUUCACUGCCUUCAAGUUCAUGAUGUGAAAGAAGCAGUUCACGAGUUGACAGCAAAUGCCAACGUUGCAUGCUUUUCCUCCCAAGGAACAGGAGUUAAGAUUUAUAAUUGGUCUGGGGUUAUAAAGCAUAUUAACUUCAACAAAACCGUCAAGUCCCUUGCAAUGUUUGGAAGUAAGCUGUACUGUGGUUGCACUGGUUACAGUAUCCUGGAGGUGGAUUUGCACAAAUACACAGCUGCAACAUUCUAUUCUGGUGUGAGAAAAAUCUUAGGGAAACAAACUAUACAUUCUUUAUGUAUUCACAAUGGUCUUCUCUUUGCGGGUGGUACUUCAGUUGAUGGCAUUGCAGGGAAGGUUUUCUCUCUCUCAACCAAGGCAGUGAUAGGGACAUUCUCAACGGGAUUAGACAUUCACUGCAUGGCUGUAAACAAUGACUUAAUAUUUACAGCCACAAAAUGUGGGAUUAUUGAGGUAUGGUUGAAGGAAAGAGUCACCAGAUUUGCUUCCAUCAGAAGUGGAGGGGGACAUAUGAGAAUCACAUCAUUGACUUCAGAUGCAGAUGGAGAGAUGCUUUUUGCCGGUUCCUCCGAGGGUAGAAUCCAGGGAUGGGGUUUGGACUGAGAUUUGGAACAUAAAGAUGAGUAUUAUCUACUGUUUUACUGUACAAUAAACGUUGUGUAUUGUUAUUAUUAUUAUUAUUAUUUUUGUGGUUGACGUCAUGCUAGUCGGAGAAUUUGUUGAUGCAGAGGAAGAUGACAGUGAGUGAUACCUCAGGGUUACUAAUCUCUGUACUGUCAUUGGGAAUUUAAUUGUCUGCAACUUUUGCUGAAAGCAGAGGCUGUGGAUAUUUCUUCCAUAAUUAGAGAGAAGUCGCAAGAAAAUAAACUAGUUUGAUAUGGAUUUCA